UCCACUCCCCACCCCAACCUAGUCAUGAUGUUUCGAGAUCAGGUUGGAGUGCUGGCUGGUUGGUUUAAAGGCUGGAAUGAAUGCGAGCAGACUGUUGCUUUGCUCUCCUUGUUGAAGCGGGUGAGUCGAUCCCAAGCCCGUUUCCUCCAGCUCUGCCUGGAGCAUUCAUUGGCAGAUUGCACUGAGCUGCACAUUCUUGAAGGGGAAGCCAACAACCCUGGAAUCAUUAACCAAUGGCAACAGGAAUCCAAGGAUAAAGUGAUCUCCCUAUUGUUAACCCAUCUGCCUUUACUGAAACCAGGAAACAUUGAAGCAAAAGUGGAAUACAUGAAACUGUUGCCUAAAAUCCUGGCUCAUUCGAUUGAACACAACCAACACAUAGAAGAGAGCAGGCAGCUUUUGUCCUAUGCUUUGAUCCAUCCUGCCACUUCACUGGAAGACAGGAGCGCUCUGGCCAUGUGGCUCAAUCACUUAGAGGAUCGCACAUCGGGUAGUUUUGGCAGCCAAAACAGAGGUCGGUCCGAUUCUGUGGAUUAUGGACAGACACAUUACUAUCACCAAAGACAGAACUCUGACGACAAGCUGAAUGGGUGGCAGAACUCUCGAGAUUCUGGGAUAUGUGUCAGUGCUUCCAGCUGGCAGGACAAAAACCUGGGGUGUGAGAACGGCCAUUUGCCCCUCUACUCUUCUUCUUCUGUCCCCACUACGAUCAAUACUAUCGGAACUAAUACAAGCACAAUUCUCUCAGGCCAGACACACCACAGCCCUUUGAAACGAUCUGUGUCCCUUACCCCACCCAUGAAUGUGCCAAACCAGCCUCUAGGACAUGGAUGGAUGUCUCAUGAGGAUUUACGAGCUAGAGGACCCCAGUGCAUCCCCUCCGAUCACGCCCCCCUGUCUCCACAGAGCAGUGUAGCCUCUUCGGGAAGUGGUGGGAGUGAACAUUUAGAAGAUCAGCCUUCUGCUCGUAACACAUUCCAGGAAGAAGGGAGUGGUAUGAAAGAUGUUCCUGCCUGGCUGAAGAGUCUCCGCCUGCACAAGUAUGCAGCUCUUUUCUCCCAGAUGACAUACGAAGAAAUGAUGGCACUGACCGAAUGCCAGCUCGAGGCACAAAAUGUUACCAAAGGUGCAAGGCACAAAAUAGUCAUCAGUAUCCAAAAGCUGAAAGAGAGGCAGAAUCUUCUCAAGUCUUUAGAAAGGGACAUCCUGGAAGGUGGCAACCUGCGCAUCCCACUGCAGGAGCUACACCAAAUGAUCCUCACCCCGAUCAAAGCCUACUGCUCCCAGAACUCAAAUACAGACGACCAGAGCCGGGACCUGGAUUCCCACCACCUGCCUUCUCUGAUCGGCUCGGACAGCCAAGGCUCCGACUGCAAGGACUCUGCCUCUGGGUGCAUACAGCAGCACCACUUGCCUGGCUGCGAGGGCGAGUCUGGAGGGGCACCUUUGCCCGAAGGGGAUCUCCCUGGGCAGUUCACAAGAGUCAUGGGGAAAGUAUGUACACAACUUUUAGUUUCCAGACCUGACGAGGAGAAUAUAAGUUCCUAUUUACAGCUCAUAGACAAAUGUCUAAUUCAUGAGGCAUUUACAGAGACACAGAAGAAAAGAUUGUUGUCAUGGAAACAGCAGGUGCAAAAACUCUUCAGGUCUUUCCCUCGGAAAUCCCUUCUAGACAUAUCAGGAUAUCGGCAGCAAAGAAAUCGAGGCUUUGGCCAGUCGAACUCCUUACCAACAGCUGGCUCUGUCGGUGCAGGAAUGGGCAGACGGAACCCACGCCAGUUCCAUAUUCCCUCCCGGAAUCUCCCCCCCACCCGGCUGGGUCUGCUGGGCCCCAGUGGACUCCUAGGAGCUGCACAACGCAGCGCAGCUACCAACCCAACCAUCCUGAAACAAGGAAGACAGAAUCUCUGGUUCGCAAACCCCGGGGGUAGCAACAGCAUGCCAAGCCGGACCCAUAGCUCAGUGCAGAGGACGCGUUCCCUGCCUGUCCACACAUCCCCACAGACCAUGCUGAUGUUUCAGCAGCCAGAGUUCCAGGUACCAGUGACAGAACCUGACAUCAACAACAGGCUGGAGUCCUUGUGCCUGAGUAUGACUGAACAUGCCCUGGGGGACGGCGUGGACAGAACCUCUACGAUAUAG